AUGGCAUUAACACAAGAUGAAGUACUAGCUGAAGAAAUAAACGAGAAGUUUGAAGCAGCUGGAAGAUUUAUCAACGUAAUUAAUUCAAAGUUUAUGACCAAAACAUUAUUACAAAAAGAUUCUACAGAUUCUACAUCUUCGUCUACAGAAUAUUCUUCAUCUUCAUCAUCUACAGAAGAUUCUACAGAUUCUACAUCUUCGUCUACAGAAUAUUCUACUUCUUCAUCAUCUACAGAAGAUUCUACAUCUUCAUCUACAGAUUCUACAUCUUCAUCUACAGAUUCUACAUCUUCAUCUACAGAAUAUUCUUCAUCUUCAUCAUCUACAGAAGAUUCUACAGAUUCUACAUCUUCGUCUACAGAAUAUUCUACUUCUUCAUCAUCUACAGAAGAUUCUACAUCUUCAUCUACAGAUUCUACAUCUUCAUCUACAGAAUAUUCUUCAUCUUCAUCAUCUACAGAACAUUCUACAGAUUCUACAUCUUCGUCUACAGAAUAUUCUACUUCUUCAUCAUCUACAGAAGAUUCUACAUGUUCAUCUACAGAUUCUACAUCUUCAUCUACAGAAUAUUCUUCAUCUUUAUCAUCUACAGAACAUUCUACAGAUACUACAUCUUCGUCUACAGAAUAUUCUUCAUCUUCAUCAUCUACAGAACAUUCUACAGAUUCUACAUCUUCGUCUACAGAAUAUUCUACUUCUUCAUCAUCUACAGAAGAUUCUACAUCUUCAUCUACAGAUUCUACAUCUUCAUCUACAGAAUGUUCUUCAUCUUCAUCAUCUACAGAACAUUCUACAGAUUCUACAUCUUCGUCUACAGAAUAUUCUACUUCUUCAUCAUCUACAGAAGAUUCUACAUGUUCAUCUACAGAUUCUACAUCUUCAUCUACAGAAUGUUCUUCAUCUUCAUCAUCUACAGAACAUUCUACAGAUUCUACAUCUUCGUCUACAGAAUAUUCUACUUCUUCAUCAUCUACAGAAGAUUCUACAUGUUCAUCUACAGAUUCUACAUCUUCAUCUACAGAAUGUUCUUCAUCUUCAUCAUCUACAGAACAUUCUACAGAUUCUACAUCUUCGUCUACAGAAUAUUCUACUUCUUCAUCAUCUACAGAAGAUUCUACAUGUUCAUCUACAGAUUCUACAUCUUCGUCUACAGAAUAUUCUUCAUCUUCAUCAUCUACAGAAGAUUAUACAGAUUCUACAUCUUCGUCUACAGAAUAUUCUACUUCUUCAUCAUCUACAGAAGAUUCUACAUGUUCAUCUACAGAUUCUACAUCUUCAUCUACAGAAUGUUCUUCAUCUUCAUCAUCUACAGAACAUUCUACAGAUUCUACAUCUUCGUCUACAGAAUAUUCUACUUCUUCAUCAUCUACAGAAGAUUCUACAUGUUCAUCUACAGAUUCUACAUCUUCGUCUACAGAAUAUUCUUCAUCUUCAUCAUCUACAGAAGAUUAUACAGAUUCUACAUCUUCGUCUACAGAAUAUUCUACAUCUUCAUCAUCUACAGAAGAUUCUACAUCUUCUACAGAUUCUACAUCUUCAUCUACAGAAUAUUCUUCAUCUUCAUCAUCUACAGAAGAAUCUACAGAUUCUACAUCUUCGUCUACAGAAUAUUCUACAUCUUCAUCAUCUACAGAAGAUUCUACAUGUUCAUCUACAGAUUCUACAUCUUCAUCUACAGAAUGUUCUUCAUCUUCAUCAUCUACAGAACAUUCUACAGAUUCUACAUCUUCGUCUACAGAAUAUUCUACUUCUUCAUCAUCUACAGAAGAUUCUACAUGUUCAUCUACAGAUUCUACAUCUUCGUCUACAGAAUAUUCUUCAUCUUCAUCAUCUACAGAAGAUUAUACAGAUUCUACAUCUUCGUCUACAGAAUAUUCUACUUCUUCAUCAUCUACAGAAGAUUCUACAUGUUCAUCUACAGAUUCUACAUCUUCAUCUACAGAAUGUUCUUCAUCUUCAUCAUCUACAGAACAUUCUACAGAUUCUACAUCUUCGUCUACAGAAUAUUCUACUUCUUCAUCAUCUACAGAAGAUUCUACAUGUUCAUCUACAGAUUCUACAUCUUCGUCUACAGAAUAUUCUUCAUCUUCAUCAUCUACAGAAGAUUAUACAGAUUCUACAUCUUCGUCUACAGAAUAUUCUACAUCUUCAUCAUCUACAGAAGAUUCUACAUCUUCUACAGAUUCUACAUCUUCAUCUACAGAAUAUUCUUCAUCUUCAUCAUCUACAGAAGAAUCUACAGAUUCUACAUCUUCGUCUACAGAAUAUUCUACAUCUUCAUCAUCUACAGAAGAUUCUACAUGUUCAUCUACAGAUUCUACAUCAUCAUAUACAGAAUAUCCUACAUCUUUAUUAUCAGAAGAUUUUUCAUCUGUAGCUGCAUUACGUGGCUUCAGAAACUCAGAAGGCUGGAGGAAAGUGAGUUUUUCAAAUUCUACAGCCGUUUUAGUGAAAGGAUUUCAAAGAAUAUGA